CGUGGUGGAUGAAAUUAUAAUGUGCUAAUGUUGUUUUUUUUUGUUUGUUUUUGUUUUUUGUUUUUUUCUCUCUAUCACUCUCUAUCCUGGAAGUUUUAUGUCUUGGUCAAAGAGCGUGUGUGUUGACGUCACUAAUGAGGAACCCACGCUGAAAGGGGAAGGCGAUGGAAACCGCUUGUUUUGUUUUAAUACUUUGAGCUUUCUGAUUAUUAUAUUCAUUAUUUCUUCAACCCCCCCCCCCCCCCCCCCCCCACACACACACACUUUUAAUCGCCUGUGUCAUGCGGACACGAUGGCCCAGUCGCAGUUUGCCGCUCUUCAUCCUCGUCCUCUUCGUGGUUCUCUACGCGGGCUUUCAAUGGGACGCCGGCCGCCUCUCGGAGCUGUUGCCGGCGGCUCGUCGUCGUCGCCCUCCGGCGCCCGAUGCGCUCCGGCGGCCGCCCCCCCGAGCCGCCACUCUCGAGACCGGGGUCACCACCGCCGGACUGCGGCUGGAGGAUAUUUUCAUCGCGGUUAAGACCACCGGGAGGUUCCACGGGACGCGCCUCGCCCUCCUUUUGGAGACCUGGAUCUCCACAACCAAGACGCACACAUUCAUUUUUACAGACACAGAAGACGACCACCUGAAAGCCGAAGGCUACAACAUGGUGGCGACGGGCUGUCAGUCGGAUCACAGUCAGCAGGCUCUGGCGUGCAAGAUGGCCGCCGAGUACGACCGAUUUCUGGCAUCCGACAAGAGGUGGUUUUGUCACGUCGACGACGACAACUAUGUGAACGGCGAGGCCCUCGUCGCCGCACUCGCCGCCUUUCCGCAAGAUGGCGACAUCUACGUGGGCAAGGCGAGCCUGGAUAAGCCGAUCACGGCGCACGAGCUCGUGGAGGGAAACGCCACGAGGGAAGUGAAGUUCUGGUUUGCCACCGGAGGAGCAGGAUUUUGUUUGAGUCGACGUCUGGCUCACAAGAUGUCCCCCUGGGCCCGCGGCCCUCGCUUCCUGGAGACGUCGGCGAAGAUCCGCCUGCCCGACGAUUGCACGGUGGGCUUCAUCGUGGAGGAGCGUGUGGGGGUCUCAUUGGUCCACUGCCCCUUGUUCCACUCGCACUUGGAGAACCUCAUGUUGCUUCACCGCGCCAGCAUCCCGCACCAGGUGACUCUGAGUUACGGCCUGUUAGAGGGCAAGCUGAACCAUGUGGAGCUGAAAGGAAGUUUCUCCAAAGAAGAAGAUCCAUCCAGGUUCAAGACCCUGCACUGCUUGCUGUACCCGCUGACCAGAUGGUGUCCCUGAACCACCUCCAAGAAAAACCAGGAUGACGAGAUCAGAACCUCCAGAACGUUCUGACGAUCGUCUUGACUAUGAACUAGUCAAACAUGUCCACCUUGACAGUUGUUUUAUUCCACUAUAAGACACUGUUAAAUUGUAUAAACAGUUGUAAAAUAAACAAAAUUUGUAAUUUACAUAAAAAAAAACAAAACUUUAUAUUAUAGAUAAUAUUCUGGAGCGUUACAUACUAUUUUCAAUUGGGGCCAUAAUAUGUAGCGCAACAAGCAGCCACUAGAUGGCGGCAGUAUGCACGCGUGUGCAUUUGUGCUUGUGUUAGUCUGCUUAUAAGUUUUUCAGUGCAUGAUAUGGCCAUAUAGCCACGUGUGCGUGCAUAUAUGUAGGUUCGCGUGUGGUGUGCAUAUUUGACAGUAUGCAAAUGCACACGCACUGUGAGCUGGAAGGGUUUAUAUAGACAGGGGCGUGGCUUUCCUAAUCAAGUCCAAUCAGUGUAAUCCAACACAUCUGGACUCCAGUGAAGGCGUAGAACCGUCUCAAGGAUGAUCAGAAGUGAUGGACAGCACCCGAGGUAAAUAUAUGACUGUCACAGGAAAGGGUCUGAACACUUCCUAUUGAUAUUACAGUUUUUCUGUAAGUUUUUACAAAUCAGCAAAAAUUUCAACAAUUCCGUUUUUUUUUCUGUCAAUAUGGGGCGCUGUGUGUACAUUGAUGAGGAGAAAAUGAACUUAAAGGAUUUUAGCAAAUGCCUGCAUUAUAACAAAGAGUGAAAAAUUUAAGGGGGCCUGAAAAUGUUUCCGUACACGCUAUAUAUAUUUACAAAUGGGAAACUACAUGUAGCGCCGCAGACCGCCGCUAGAUGGCAGCAGCGUACCAUGAAACGACGUCCGUGACAGGAAGAGAAAGAAAAAGGAAAGGACAUUUGAGAAGCCAGUUGAAGCUGAAAAGUAUUAAUUUGGGCAACCCGAUGAAAAAAAAAAAAUGCAUUUGAUGCUCUUUUGGACCAUAAUUCAUGGAGUAGGUAAUAACUUCAAAAAGCUAAAACUAUAAACAAAGACAAAAGGAACAGAUUAAGGGCCAUAGAUCAUUUUACACUUGAGACCAUGCGAGUCCCGGGAUGCGCAAUGUAAUGGAAACAAUGAGUCCCAACCUGGGAACAAUGAGUCUUUGCAAUUUAUCAUCACGGAAUAGCGAUACAGUAAUCCUACACUAUAUCACGGUUCUUGCUCCGCGGUGCCGCUAUAUUGCAGAUUUUCAUUACAGAUGUUACUCUAUUUUUCAUACUCUUUGUGCAAUAUUUUUGUGUUAUCCAUUGCUCUUGUUCUCGCUCAGUGCAUUUUGUGUUCAGGCCUGUCAUGAUAGCCAAUUUUUUUAGGACGAUAUAUUUUCCCAAAAACUAUCACGACAAAUGAUAGUAUUGGUGACGUUUUUUUUUUUUUUUUAUGCCACUGAUAUAAUGAUAGUAGAGCAUAAUAAUUCAGGUACAUAUUUUUUAAAGAACGAUUCAAUUGUAAUUCACAAAUACAAUCAAAGCAACCGGUUUUGAUUCAUGAUGUGUAAUACUCUUUAAAAGUUUGCCGCCUUUCUUUAAACGCUGCUUUGUCGACAUGUUCAAUAGCUACGUCUCUUUACAAUAGUAACGCUAAAGUGUGUAUAAUGUUAGCAUAAGUGCGCCAUGUUCAUGUUUGUAUUUGCAUUGUUGGGCAAAGGGUUCCACAAUUGCGAGCUGACAGUAAACGGGAAAUGUCCCACCGUGUUUUUUGUUCCCAGCUGAAGAAAUUGGGUGGGGUGGUUGUGUUUAAAAAGGGAUUUUGUCACUUUGAGGUUUUACAUUGUGUUGUCUUGGUCGCGACUUUCUACAAAUUCGACAUGCCGGCUCGUUGGAUGGCCGCGUUCAUCUGGCUUGAAUCCAAAAUGCUUCCACAUCGUCGCAAUGGCGUUAGGCUUUGGAAGUAAUUCCAUUUAUGCCGCUCAAUUUUCUGUAACAGCAGCCGUAUCUCAAAAACAUCUUUCCCCAUUAAAAUGAAUGGCAAUGCCAUUAAUCCGUUCCAGCCUUCCCCAAAAUAACAAAAUGGUCGUAAUGUACUGUAUGUUUUAUUGAAGAAACAUACCACUUCAUAAUAUUGUACUUCAUAAAAACAUACGUUCAUGACCUAAUUGAACAGAAUUGAAAAAAAAUGAAAGAAUGUUUGUCAUUCAUUGAAUGGGUAUUGUGCUGCCCUUUCUAGUGUGCCCACCUUGGCCACCUGGGAGCAGCAUAAGACAGACAGACGGACAUACUGUUCAUUGAUAUGUCACAACUCCUUUGUCACCUUAUCAGUACAGCACUAAUAUUAGUCAUUCUACGCAGAGAAUAAAAAAUACGAUCGUGCUCGAAUCUCAAGUUUGCGCUCGCACAAAAAACAAUCCAUUGAAUGACGGCGAGUAACCCGAAAAACUGUGGAGUCACUCGUAUCUCAAGGCACCACAAUGUGUGUGUAUGUGUGUGAUUGAACAUACCUGUUGCAGUGUGUUUGUGUGUGUGUACGUGGUGUCAUGAAUUUUUGUAUGUGGGGUGCAUUUACCAAUGUGCAUAAAUAUUUGUGCGCGUGUGCGUGCGUGCGUAUGAGGAUGGAUUUGUCUGCGAUUGUGUUUGUGUGUUUAAAGCUCACUGGCUCACAUAUCCACCACCUGCCCGCUUGUUUACAACUCUUUGUGUGUGUGUGUGUGUUCUCAUGAAUCCAUACUUCUUCCUGAGGAAGACCACCUGAAUGUCACACACACACAAACAUGCACACACAAGGCUGGGUAUUUCCUCUUAAACAAAGUUAUUACAAAAUCUACAGGUGGUGCUGUGUCACGGCGGCCUCGGGACUUUUGUGACGCUAGUUCUGGUUCGAGUUGUGGUCAGUCAGGGCCUACUGAUGUAGUCCGGAACACGUGACGAUCAUGUGAGAGGGGAGCAGUGACGUUGAUGUUUGCGCGUGUAGCAGAGAUGGCGGCAGGUUAGGGUUAGGCGGCCAUGUUUUAUGAGCGGAAUAGACUUGAAGUGAAGCAGGAUGGCUGGCGAUAACACAAAAUGACUCUGUAACUGUCUUCUCUCUCCUUAAGGACCCUUUAAAGCAGGGGUGUCACGCUCAUUUUUGUCGCGGGCCACAUUGUAGUUACGGUUUCCCUCAAAGGGCCGUUAUGACUGUGAAAACAUAAAAAUCUUCAAUCGUCUCAUCAUAUUUACACACGAAAUUUAGAAACUAGUUUUGGAAUCAGAAAUCAACAGGAAUGGGGUUUUCAACCAUUAUUAAUGUUUGGCAACACAAAAAUGCUUGCAAUAUCUGAACUUUAUCAUUUAUGAUCGAUGAUAAUUUGAAAUUUUGGUACAGAUUUGAACAAGAAUCAUGGAAGUUGACACACAUGAUUUGCAUUUGCGGGCCACAUAAAAUCAUGUGGCGGGCCGGAUCUGGCACCCCGGGCCUUGAGUUUGACACCAGUGCUUUAAAGGCUUCAACAGCGGACAACGGCAGACAUGUUGCUUUGAUGUGACACUUUGUUUGGAUCCAUUGUUAGCCAUUUUUUCACUUUAAAUUAUGAUUAUUUUUUAAAAAUUCAAGCCACUAGCAAGAAUACAUAGUACAGUGAAGUCAACACUGGUAUCAAAAUGAUAACAGAUACUGUUAACAAACACGAUUUGUUUAAAAAAAUAAAAUAAAUAAAAUAAAAAAAAAAGUUGAUUUAUUUUUUUAAAAACAGUGUUCACAAAUACAGUAAGACAUUGUGCAAAAUUGAAUGCUACUCCUAUAGUCGAAAACCGACAUUUUAUGAAAUGCUUUAAUAUAGAGAAAAGAUAUGGACAAAUGUUGCUUGUUUUGCACAUAACCAUGUAUUAUAUUUAUGUAUUACAACAUUAAUGCAAUAAUAUCAUUCAUAUAUUUAUUUAUUUUACAACAAAAACACACACACACACACACACACACUCACGGGCGCAGCGCGUCCAGACAAUCAUCAGGCCGAGGACAGCGCUUGCCUCCUUGCUGCUGCUGUUACCAUGACAACCACAACCAGAGCCGCGCUUGAGAUUCUCCGCGUAUUCCUCCCUCUUCGCCCUCUCGCCCCCGCCUCGUCCAUCCCACUCACCACCUCCUCACAACUCACCAUCUUCACCAGUCCUCGACUUCUUUGGAAAUGAUAUCAUAGCGUGAGUGUUUCUCUGUCCACCAAUCAGCACACUGCUCUCUAUCUAGCUACGCCCCUUCACGUCGCCAAACAGAAGGGUGAUAAGUGACACGCUGCCUUGGCAAAUAGUAUAAUAAAUCUACUUCCAACUUUAUUGCUGCUCCCUGGGCCUUUUUUUUUUUUUUUUUUUUUUAAACCUUAUAGCUUAUUUUGUGUCAGCCAGAGCGGGGCAAUAUUUAAACAUCCCCCUGGCCCGUGCUGAUUGGUUGAUUCAUGGCUUUGCCAACUGGUAAUUGGACGAUGACAGCGGGGUGCAAGUGUUGGCGAGCGAUGAUUGAUGGUUGCUGCUGCUGUCGCCACCUCGGCUUGUUGUAGCCCAGAUGUACAGUAUGUGCUCAUAAUAUGUGUGUGUGCGUGCAGGUGUGUGUUCACAAAAUAUCAUAUUUUUAUUCAUUCUCGCAAGGCACGUUACACCAUAGGUGUCAAACUGGUGGCCCGGGGGCCAGAUCCGGCCCACAACAGCAAAUCAUGUAUGUCGACUGAAUGUUUCUUGUGAAAAUACCAAAAUUGGUGUCUUUACUUGUAUAAUGUUGAGAUGUUGCAAGCAUUAUUAUGUUCCUAUCACCU